GGAACUCUCUAAUUGUUGCAAUCACAACCAUUGACCCUGUCCUACACAAGUCCAUGUACUACUUCCUAAAGAAUCUUGCCUUUACAGAGAUCUGCUACAGUGUGAGCAGUCCCAAGAUGCUUGUGAUUCUGCUGGGGGAGAGAAAAAUUGUUUCCUUCAUAUCUUGCACCGUGCAGCUGAACUUAUGCCAUCCAUUGCAUUAUGCCACCAUGAUGAACAGGGAUUGCUGCUUCAAGAUAGCUAUUUGGUCUUGGCUGUCUGGUGUCCCUGUGGCUCUGAGCUACACCACAUAGUUAUUUACCCUGCCCUUCUGUGGGAGGAAUGCAGCUGAUAAUUUCUUUUGUGAUGUUUCUCCUGUGUUGAACCUGCUGUGUGCAGACACAGACUUGUUUGAACUAUUGGGUUUUAUUGCUAUUGUCAUAAUAGUGAUGAUUCCCUUUUCUCUGAUAGACAUCUCUUACCUUCACAUUAUCCAUGCUGUUCUUCAGAUACCCUUGGUUGUGGGCCAGAGGUGAGCCUUUUCCACUUGUGCAGCUCACCUGGUGGUAGUCACUCUUUUCUACAGCACCACCGGCAUCAUUCACCUACGACCCAAGUCCAGCCUCUCAUCCAACAUGAAGAAAAUGGUUUCCCUACCUUACACAGUAGUCACCUCCACGCUCAACACGAUCAUCUGCAGCUUGAGGAAUCAGGAAUCAACAAAAGCCUGA